AAAAAGCAGCAGAACCUGGAAGUCCACGGGAAGCUUGGAUGCCAAAGGGAGGACGGCUGGGUCCUCUGGAGAGGACUACUCACUGGCAUAUUUCUGAGGUAUCUGUAGAAUAACCACAGCCUCAGAUACUGGGGACUUUACAGUCCCACAGAACCGUCCUCCCAGGAAGCUGAAUCCAGCAAGAACAAUGGAGGCCAGCGGGAAGCUCAUUUGCAGACAAAGGCAAGUCCUUUUUUCCUUUCUCCUUUUGGGCUUAUCUCUGGCGGGCGCGGCGGAACCUAGAAGCUAUUCUGUGGUGGAGGAAACUGAGGGCAGCUCCUUUGUCACCAAUUUAGCAAAGGACCUGGGUCUGGAGCAGAGGGAAUUCUCCAGGCGGGGGGUUAGGGUUGUUUCCAGAGGGAACAAGCUACAUUUGCAGCUCAAUCAGGAGACCGGGGAUUUGUUGCUAAAUGAGAAAUUGGACCGUGAGGAUCUGUGCGGUCACACAGAGCCCUGUGUGCUACGAUUCCAAGUGUUGCUAGAGAGUCCCUUCGAGUUUUUUCAAGCUGAGCUGCAAGUAAUAGACAUAAACGACCACUCUCCAGUAUUUCUGGACAAACAAAUGUUGGUGAAAGUAUCAGAGAGCAGUCCUCCUGGGACUGCGUUUCCUCUGAAGAAUGCUGAAGACUUAGAUGUAGGCCAAAACAAUAUUGAGAACUAUAUAAUCAGCCCCAACUCCUAUUUUCGGGUCCUCACCCGCAAACGCAGUGAUGGCAGGAAAUACCCAGAGCUGGUGCUGGACAAAGCGCUGGACCGAGAGGAAGAAGCUGAGCUCAGGUUAACACUCACAGCACUGGAUGGUGGCUCUCCGCCCAGAUCUGGCACUGCUCAGGUCUACAUUGAAGUUGUCGAUGUCAACGAUAAUGCCCCUGAAUUUGAGCAGCCUUUCUAUAGGGCGCAGAUCUCUGAGGACAGUCCAAUAAGCUUCCUGGUUGUGAAGGUCUCUGCCACGGAUGUAGACACAGGAGUCAACGGAGAGAUUUCCUAUUCACUUUUCCAAGCUUCAGAUGAGAUAAGCAAAACUUUUACGGUCGAUUUCUUGACAGGAGAAAUUCGACUAAAGAAACAACUUGAUUUCGAAAAAUUUCAGUCCUAUGAAGUCAAUAUCGAGGCGAGAGAUGCUGGAGGCUUUUCUGGAAAAUGCACCGUUCUGAUUCAAGUGAUAGAUGUGAACGACCAUGCCCCAGAAGUUACCAUGUCUGCAUUUACCAGCCCAAUACCUGAGAAUGCGCCUGAAACUGUGGUUGCACUUUUCAGUGUUUCAGACCUUGAUUCAGGAGAAAAUGGGAAAAUAAGUUGCUCCAUUCAGGAGGAUCUACCCUUCCUCCUGAAAUCUUCUGUGGGGAACUUUUACACCCUACUAACGGAGACACCACUAGACAGAGAAAGCAGAGCCGAGUACAACGUCACUAUCACCGUCACUGACUUAGGGACACCCGGGCUGACAACACAUCUCAAUAUGACCGUGCUGGUGUCGGACGUCAAUGACAACGCCCCCGCCUUCACCCAAGCCUCCUACACCCUGUUCGUCCGCGAGAACAACAGCCCCGCCCUGCACAUCGGCAGCGUCAGCGCCACAGACAGAGACUCAGGCACCAACGCCCAGGUCACCUACUCGCUGCUGCCGCCCCAGAACCCGCACCUGCCCCUCGCCUCCCUGGUCUCCAUCAACACAGACAACGGCCACCUGUUCGCCCUCAGGUCCCUGGACUACGAGGCCCUGCAGGCGUUCGAGUUCCGGGUGGGCGCUUCAGACCGCGGCUCCCCGGCGCUGAGCAGCGAGGCGCUGGUGCGCGUGCUGGUGCUGGACGCCAACGACAACUCGCCCUUCGUGCUGUACCCGCUGCAGAAUAGCUCCGCGCCCUGCACCGAGCUGGUGCCCCGGGCGGCCGAGCCGGGCUACCUGGUGACCAAGGUGGUGGCGGUGGACGGCGACUCGGGCCAGAACGCCUGGCUGUCGUACCAGCUGCUCAAGGCCACGGAGCCCGGGCUGUUCGGUGUGUGGGCGCACAAUGGGGAGGUGCGCACCGCCAGGCUGUUGAGCGAGCGCGACGCAGCCAAGCAGAGGCUGGUGGUGCUGGUCAAGGACAAUGGCGAGCCUCCGUGCUCGGCCACCGCCACGCUGCACGUGCUCCUGGUGGACGGCUUCUCCCAGCCCUACCUGCCGCUUCCGGAGGCUGCCCCAGCCCAGGGCCAGGCCGACUCUCUCACCGUCUACCUGGUGGUGGCGUUGGCCUCGGUGUCUUCGCUCUUCCUCUUCUCGGUGCUCCUGUUCGUGGCGGUGCGGCUGUGCAGGAGGAGCAGGGCGGCCUCGGUGGGUCGCUGCUCAGUGCCUGAGGGCCCCUUUCCAGGGCAUCUGGUGGACGUGAGGGGCACCGGGAGCCUGUCUCAGAACUAUCAGUACGAGGUGUGCCUGGCAGGAGGCUCAGGGACGAAUGAGUUCCAGUUCCUGAAACCAGUAUUACCUAAUAUUCAGGGCCAUUCUUUUGGGCCAGAAAUGGAACAAAACUCUAACUUUAGGAAUGGCUUUGGUUUCAGCCUUCAGUUAAAGUAA